AUGGCGAAUCCCACCAAUACCUCAUUACCCAGCAGGGAGAGCACCGUUUCAGAGACGAGGCCCCCUUCGAACAUUCAGCACCCUGAUCAGGAUAAUGCCAUUCAUCAAAGCUCUGCGGAAGCUCCUUCUAUUCUUCGGACAUCCGGAUCCGAUGAACCACCACCGCCGGCGAAGCCACCAAGGCCUCUGAGCCCACGUGAGCAAGCAGAGAAGACUCUGAUUGAGGCUUUCCCAUCGAUAGAUGUUGCAGUGGUGAAAGCUGUUCUUACAGCCAGUGGUGGUAAUGUCGAACCAGCUUUCGAUGCACUUCUCGGCAUGACAGAUCCCGAUUCGCAGAAAGAUGUCCCACCCCCUGCCAAACCACCAAGACCCGCCCAGCAGAGUGGGUUACCUACAUCUACUGCUCAAAGUCAGCUAGAAGCGGACGAAAUGUAUGCUCGACAGCUGCACGAACAUUACAGUAGUACAGGCAGGCAACAACGACAAAAUGUGGUACCGAACCAGCAACCGACUCGACCGCACACACAGGCACAGGAAGAACGUGAAUACAGCUUUCUGGAUGAUGAUCUACCAAUGAUCCGUGAGAACAUCCGCAAGGGCUUUCUCGAGACUCAGUCUACCGUGAACAAGUGGGUGACGAACUUCAAGAAGAAGUUGGACGGUGAAGACGACGAAGGCUUUAGCAACCAGCCCGCUAAACCUGCCCAGCGCUUACAGGGCAGCAACCAAGGGUUUCCGAACUAUGGGCGCCGAAGCUCAGAGAUGGCACGAAGAAGUGCUGACAGAGAGCGGUACGAUGCCGAUCCGCAAGUCUUAGGUGACGACUUUUCCACACUUGAACUCAGAGAUGGAGAUAGGCCACCACCAAAAAAACCUCAACGACCACUUGCAAACCCUGACUUGUUCAAGCCAAAUUCACCUGCUGGUAGUGACCGGAAGGUUUCUUUUCAAAACGGUCCACCUGAGGAGAUGGACGAUCUGUACUCUGGGUCAUCGAAGCCUUCGAGACAGCAGGUCCCAAGUGGCAAAUCGAGCAAAUGGCAACCUCUAUCUGCUGUUGAACCGUCUCCUGUUGCUGAGAAUGAUCCAUUCAGCCUUGGUGAUAGCGAUGAUGACAAAGACUCAAGGGUGAAGGAAAAUAGGUCUGAUGAGGCAGAGCGACUUCAACUGUCAACUGCGGAAUCUAUGGCUGGAUCAAUUGGGGACAAUCCUAAGAAUGCAUCUGGUACGGAAAUGAGUCAAGGCACGAAAACGUAG